GUCGGUGUUUGUUGCUUGAUUUAGUCACUGUUGUAGAAUGGAAGCCACAUAUCUAGGAAGAGGACAUUUCAUCCCAAUUCAAGCACAAGGGAUGUCACUGACUGGCUUUCUUCUUCCCCUCCUCGGUGCCGAAUAGAUUUCACACUUAGCGAAUUUCAGAAAGUUAGGGCACAACUCAUUCUUCGACGCAAUUUCUCAAUCAGAAGACGCGACGUACUGGGCGAAGGUGGGAUCGAGGAGGUUAAUCAGCACCGGCGUCCAGAUGGGUGAUGAGAGUAUAUUGUUUCGUGACUGACGAAGAAACUCUGGUAUGAGUAGGGAAAGAUAACAACGCGCACAGCCGCGGGGCUGACAGCUGAGAUGCACCCAGCCUGGCUCGCUGCCGUCUGCAGGAAAUGGAGGGUAAGAGGUGCUGAUACUUUGCCUCAGAUCAGAUCCUUUAUUUGUUUAUUUUAUAUAUUAUAACAUAGUUAGAUUCAAUUCAUCGUAUUCACUCUCAAAUUGAUUGAGGGUGAGAUGGGAAUUAUUUUCGCGAGGCUGUUUUCUUCACUCUUCGGGAACAAGGAAGGUCGGAUUCUUGUGUUGGGCCUCGACAAUGCCGGAAAGACCACGAUUCUUUAUCGACUUCAGAUGGGCGAAGUAGUGUCUACUAUUCCAACUAUUGGGUUCAAUGUGGAAACAGUGCAAUAUAACAACAUAAAGUUCCAAGUUUGGGAUUUAGGUGGGCAGACCAGUAUCAGGCCAUACUGGAGGUGCUACUUUCCCAAUACUCAAGCGAUAAUAUAUGUUAGUGAUUCAAGUGAUACUGAUAGGCUAGUGGUUGCCAAGGAAGAAUUCCAUGCAAUAUUGGAGGUGACACACUUUCCUUGGUCAAGGUCUUCGUGACAUCCGCGUCAGUCCCGGACACACCCCUUAUUUUGCCGACCAUUUCUGGGGCGACUACCCUUCGCGAUGUCGUCGGCGAAGAUCCUAUUGAGUGGAGCUACAAGGACCUCAUGCGCCGGGCUUGAAAUGUUGGUACCGAUACACCCAUGUUAAUUGCCCCGUUUGUCAUAUGGAUUGAAUGUCGAACCUGUCUUUGGAUGGAUUGUGUUGAGUUUUUGUUGAACUAUGUCUGGAAUUGAUGCGUAGACCUUUGUGGUUUGAAUUCGUAUGGUGAAAAAUGUGCCUAAUGGGAUUGAUGGAUAACCGUAUUUGCUUAUUGCGUUGUUUACUU